GCGAGAACAGUACUGCGUCUGUGGUGGCGAAUGGGAAGUUAUUAAAUCUGGUGUUUUUAUUUAGCUCUUUGUUAUUAUCCUCUUGGAAAUACGUUGUACUAGGUUAUGUUAUUAAAUGCAUAAUGGAAAGUAUGUAAUGGGGCAGAAUGGACCAAUAAAUGGUUAUGAUGAUGAUAUUUGAAAAGACGGUCAACUUGUGAAAUGCUAAAUAUUUAAUGAUUAAUUAUGGUCAAAAGCAAAAAAUACUAAAAAACGCUAUAAAUGUCACCAAUGUCGCUUAUAAUCGAGAAACAUGAUUUUCAUGCAUUGGCGAUCCUGGCCAUGUUUAUAGAUAUACAAUCUUCGGCUUGCUUAUUAUAGUAGCGUCUGUGUUAAGGUUGAUGUUUGUGUGACGUUACGGUGUUUGAUUGCAAUGGAAGGGGGUGGAGAGGCGUCAGGUGCGAUGGUUCCGGUAAACAAUAAUGAUUCAAGCAGUGAAGAUGAAGGUGAUACUAAGGACGACGACAUUCAACAGAAGUUUGAUACCGCUUUGCCUGCGAAACAUACCUAUCUGGGAGACCUCGAAGAAGUGAGAGGAAGAAUUGUAUUAGAUGAUGGUUCGUUGCAGACAAUCCCAAUUCUUCCUCAGCCUGGAGUUGUCUUGGUGCCAGGACAGACUCUACCACUUACAGUUUUUUACCCACCAACAGUCAGUAUGCUACGGCGAAGUAUCAACACUGAUCGAAUAUUUGGCGUAAUUUGUAUAAAGUAUGUAAAUUCAUCUCCUGCGACGAUAGCGAAUGUUGGGACAACAGCGGAAAUAUACGAAUUCCAGGAUGAGGAGUCUGACUUCGGUUUCCGUAUCAAGGCAAAGGGGAGGCAAAGGUUUCGGGUGAUUGAGUCAAAUCGACAAGUCGAUGGGAAUAUAAUAGCAAAAGUUAAAAUAUUACCAGAAGUUAUUUUGCCUGACCCUUUGAAGGAAAUUAAACACCUUUCACUGAAUCGCCUGAGACAAUUCAAAAAUCUGCAGCAGUGGUCCUGUUUAAAUGCUCGAGAUGCUGUACAAACACGUUGGCCAAUUUGGGUGUAUAUGCAGUACCAGACAGAAUAUCUGAUACCAAGAAUAAUGCAUCACUUGCAGCAUGUAAGCAGUGGAAGAAGUAAUGUAGCGAUUCCAAAGGAUCCCGUAGAAUUAUCUUUCUGGGUGGCACAAAACUUGCCUAUUGUUGAUGAACAGAGGCUUAGGCUGCUAAGCAUUAAUUCAGCUGUUCAACGUCUUCGACUUGAACUUUGUAUAUUAGAAAGGUGUAAACUAUUUUGUUGCAGUGAUUGUGGCACAAUAGUUGCCAGAAAACGUGACGUAUUUCCCAUGUCUAUUGAAGGCCCUCAGGGUACAUAUGUAAAUCCUGGCGGCUAUGUACAUGAGACUAUGACACUGUAUAAAGUACAAGGGUUAGAGCUUUUGAGUGAGGAGCCAGAUACUGAAUAUUCAUGGUUCCCAGGUUAUGGGUGGACAAUAGCUCAAUGUAGGCAAUGCCAUAAACACAUGGGGUGGAAAUUUACUGCAGUGAAAAAAGGUCUAAAACCAGAUACAUUCUGGUGCUUGUGUCGCAGGUCACUUGCACCAAAAUUGUCACCACAAGAUGAUGAUGAUGACACAGUGCUUGUCAUGUAAGCAGAAAACUAAUUUAGACUUGUUUAAUGUAUUACUGUAUACUCUUGCAUUGUGUAUAUUUAUCUCAUUAUGGCUGGCUGCAAAUAUAUAAAUUUGUUUUGGAUAUUUAUGUAAAAUACUUGGAAAGUUGUAUAAAGUAGCGAGAAGGGAAGUACAGUGACCUGAUUAAGAUAGUGAGAUUACUAAAGACUGUUAUAAGGAAUGAAGAAAGCACAUUUAGUAUAUUUUUGUAUGUAUGUGUGUUGUAGUCCAGAAUUUUGAAUAUCACUAUUAGCAGAAUGCUAUUUAUUCUUUCUGCUCACUUAUGUACUAAGAAGAUUGGGAUCAUUAUUGGUUGUUAAGUAGAAAACAUGAUUAGUAGUUGAAGGAUGUUGGAAUUGGAAAUAUUCAUCAUUACAUUUCUUUUGCAAAUUCAUUCCAAUGUAUCACAAAGCAGGAAGAACAUUGACCAAAAUUCAGUAUGAAUGAAACUGCAAGGCAUAUUUGUUUGUAGCAUUUAUCUUUGACUUUAAUCAGAGGUUUACUGUAAUAUAUUUUAGAGCCACAUUAAAAAGAUAAAAUGCUUUUGUUUUAAAUGCUUUUCAAGUACAGAACAUUAAAAGUGAUAGCAUACCUUAUAUUUAGUUCUGAUUCCACUGGAGAAAUUUGUUUCUCUCUCCAUGUCCCUCCCCCUUCCUCCAAAACUAUAAUUUCAGUAGUGCUUUGUAGACAAUGAUAGUUGCUAAUUGACCAGCAAGCAAAAUCCCAUAAUAUUUUGGUGAAAGACAACAAUCUCCAACAUUCUUCACAGAUAAAAUUGACUGAUUUACUCAGAGAGAGAGAGAGAGAGAGAGAAGAGCAUUAUUUGUCUUGUGAAGUAUUGCUGUUCCAUGUAAAACAGUAACACACGUCGAAUAAGCUGCUCUGUGCAGACUGUGCACAAUAUUUCCAUAUUUUCAAAAUUAUUACAUUGUAGUGAUAGAUAGGGGAAGCUUUUAAAGAGAAGUCAAAUUAUAAAAAUGACGGGUCGUCACUCAGGUGAAAGAUUUAAAAUAUUGAAAAUGAUUAACAGAAAUUAUGAUGAAAUGAGAAGUUUUUAAAUUUUGCUGUUCUUUUUGGAGCACUUUCAAACAGAGAAGGUGGGGGUUAUUUGAAUGUCAUUAAAGAGAGAGAAUAUUUUUUAAAAAAAUCAAAUUUUGGUGCAAAAAGGCAGAAAUAACUAUUGGAAGUCCAUAACAAGGUAAAAGUGACUGAAUUACUAGUAACUAAAAACAAAUAAAGGAAUAAUAUGACAAACAAAUUUAAAGGCAUAUGGAAAGCACAACAAAGUGGCUCUAAAAUGACAUGGUGUCAACAGUGAUGAAGUUUUAAAAAUAUUCUCAUAUCUGAUGCCUGAUAGAUUCCUACAUAAUGUUUGUUGGAAUCAUCUGUAUGUCUUAAGCUGUAAACCUAUGAAGACUUAUAGACUUUUGGAAGGCUUGUCAUAUAUGCUAACUGGCCAUAACAUAGCCAAAUUCAGCAUGAAAAUAGCAAUAAAACAAAAUGUGUAACCCUUUAUAGAAGAUACGAGUAAGCGACUCAGAAUUAUUUAAUAAUGGCGGAGGGCACAAUGAUGUGAUACUUCCAAUAUGUAUGUAACGCUACGUAGAAACAUAUUUCUGAGAAUGCUAUUAUAGUGUCAACUAAUUGUGCUUUGACUCAUGUGACAUCCUGGUAUUACUUUUAAGUUGGAAAUUGUGGCUUGAACACAAGAGUUUCAGAUGCCUUCUGGACAUACAUUAAUAGUUUUUCCUGUGCAAAAUAACUUUGAUAAUCUCAAUUUAAUUUAUCAUUUCUUAGGUAUAGAGCAUCAUUUUUGGUAACUACUGUGAUACUGUAAAUAAAUUGAAAAUUCAGAGUUGACUUCUAUAGUUUAUACAUAAAUUGUUAUAUUUUGCCUGCAGUGAAGUGGUUGCUGGGAAAAUUUGAAAUGUGUGAUAGGGUUACUGAGGGUCUUAGAUUUGUGAAUUAGAUUUACAUAUUUUUUCUGAUUCGAGAAGUUCAGUAGCUUCAGGUCAUUGUACUGUGUAAUUCUGUAUGUCAGCUUUGUUGAAUAAAAAUAAUCUGCAAUUAGUGAGCAACCCAAUAGUUCCAAGUCAUUGUGACCGAACAAAGUAAGAUUGUAAGAUCUAGCACUUUCUGUAUUUGCUGAUGCUCAUCAGAUGUUCCAGACUACAAAGAUUUUUACCACAAAACUGAAAGCAGAGUAUCACAUAGCAAUAAAAAUUUAAAACUAAAAAUGGCACAUAAAGCUGACAGUAGUUUGUGCACAUUUGAAUACUAGUUGUGGGUAUAACUUUUAUCUGUUCAAGAAGACUAUUUGUCCAUCAAUAAAGAAAUGUUCGUACGGGUGCUUCCUGACCAUGACUAGUGUUUUCUUUGUUAGGAAUGUGAAUCUAACUUAAGUAAGGUAAUAUUAUGAAAAGGACAGUUUCCACUCACCACAUAGAAGGGAUGCUAAGUUGCAGAUAGGAAAAACAAAAAAUCUACGCUAUGUGGUGAGUAGCGAUUAUUCUUUUCAUAAUAUUGUCAUUAUUCCAUCCCAGAUUUUCUGCUGUUUAAAUAAGUUAAAGAGCUAUUGAUUAUAACUUUGUUCUGUUUUGAGCUGUAAAUGACUAACAUCCUUAUAGAGCACAAAAUUGUUGAAGAUUUUGUGACUACUUUUUUUUAUAAUUUCUGUUGGCUUUUGUCUCAGAUUCUUCGGUCAACAUUUGUUUAAUGUUUUUUCUAACAUUUUAACAGCAUGAGCGGCUGGCAUUGUAAUAUAUUCAUCCUCCAUUGCUGGUGAUCACUACCAGCACUGGAGGGAGAAUCUUUGACAAUGGCAGCCUGUCAUGCUGAUAAAAUGUUAGAAAAAUCAUCAAACAAAUGUUGUCUAAGGAUCCUGAGAUAAAAACUAACAAGCAUCCUAAUUUGAGGUUGAAAAUUAUACUUUCUGUUCUUAGAAAACUGUCAAGAAUCACUACCUUCCUCUUUUAAAUAUGCCAUUUGAAGAAAGUUCUCAGACUUAAAGAAAGUGUUAGGUCUAACAGUAUGAAAGAACAGACUGAUUGAAUGGUUGUAUUCUUUUUUAAAAGCACAUAUGUACAGUAUUUGUUAAACAGAAAUAAAUAUAUAUUGUAUAGAUGCUACCAAUGUAAUAUCUUUUGAAAGGGAUUUGAUACUUAUCCUGAUCACAAGUUUUAAUGCAUGAAUAUGAAACUAUAGUUACAGUUGACUGUCAUAGCAUUAUAUGUAUUAUAUCAAAUUCAGUCAUGUUGCUACUUAUAUUUCUGAGCUGAGCAAAUACAACUAAGGGGGUGGUGAAGUAUGGGAGUGUUUACCUUACGUGCGACUGAAUUCAUCUGAUAUGUUUGAUAAAUAUGUGACCAUUUUUUUUAUUAGUACUGUUGUCCAGUAAUUGUAUUCAGGCAACUUUCACAAAGCUUCAGAGCAAUAUACUAAUUAUUCAGUAUACAACAUAAAUAUCCUGAUGUAGCUUGAAGACUGUACAGAAUAUUUUUACUGCCAGUGUAGAAUUAUUCACCUGUAAUUUAGCAGUUGCUGUAAAGCUAUGUAUGUUGGUCAGACUAUUGUAAAUGGUCGGAAUACUAUGGAAGGAAAAGAUUAAACUAUUUAAUACUGUGAUGAAUAAUUAGUGUAUGAUUUAAUUUAAAUAAAGGCAAAACAGACCUGUA